AUGCCGAAGAUCGGUAGUGAUGGAGUUGGCAAAACGGAGCGCUUCAAGGAACGCCGCCCGAAUAACGCACCAGUCCUUGCUGUCACAAAGUUCCGCAAUACGUCCGCCACGUACUGGAAGUGGCUGUGGAUGCAAUGGCCUGAGCAACAUGCCCAGGAUCUCGUCCUAUCGGUGGGUGAAAUUCCACGGCCGAUGGCCGAGUGUCGAGAGCCAUUGACGAAUACGACUACGCCAAGCCCAGAUUCCGACAGACCACGCAAUGUUGUAGAGAGUCAGCACAGCGACCUUGACUGCCAAGCCUUCAGGUCGGAGAACGGGAUCAAAACGCCGCAUGGCUCGGAAAGAGUGGUAGCCGGGAGUCGCAAGGAGAAGUGCCAUCCAGAAGAGACUGCGGCAUGUCCAUUAUUGAAGAUAGUGAGCUUGCAUACUACUGACUAG